AUGAGUGCGACUUUCGUAUCGUACAUAUCAUUCAGUGACCACGUGAAAUCUGAGUUCAACGUCGGUGCUUCUAUGACCCCAACGUUUACGUACUGGGUGCGAUGUACGAUGCCCCUCAUAGAUACGGUGAAGAAUCCACCAGUGGCUUUUACGACGUAUGAGGGAUUUUCAAACUACAAGGUGAUGAGAGCUGUGGAUAAAGGGGUAACCCUAUUUGUUGAGUUUGAAGACGUCCAGAAUCGUGAGCAAGAGUACAGUGUAAAUAUUGGGUGUCAGAAGGAGCUCGUGUACAGUCUGGAUGAUGUGUUCCCUGCCAAUUGUACACCGGCUAGAGGAGACAGAGAGGAAGAAGAAGUUUCGGAUGACGACCCAGUUUUGGAUGAAGAAUUCGAGGACUUUGAAGAGAGUAUACGACAUGAAUCAGGAGGCGAGGAAGAUGAAGAGUACGAUAUGGAUCAUUGGACUGAAUUAAUUAAUCGUGAGUAUGAAGCAGGGGAGCCCGAGGAUGAGGAAGAUGGAAGGACGUCGGCCGUGGAAAGCUCAGAAGAAACAUAG